ACGANAAAAACUUUAUAAAUUUUUUUAAACUUAUUUUGUGUUGAAAAACUGUUGGCGCAUGCGUAAGGAAAUUAUGUGGAAACACACAUUAAUGUUAGUGUGCCUCAGUGGCUGCUGCUUGGCCGGACCACUACACGGAGUCAAGCGAAAUGUGCCCAUUGUGCUGCGUGAAGAAGAAGCCGAAGUGGAGCGUCCCGCACCUGAGCCACUUGCGCCCGAGUACCCCGAUAUGCCGUCGACACUGACCUUGCCCAGCAAUGCCACAUCGAUACGUGCCGACAUCACCGACAACUUUUCCUGCGAUGAUAAAGUCUAUGGUUAUUAUGCGGACGUGGAGAAUGAAUGCCAGAUAUUCCACGUCUGUUUGCCGGUGACGUACGCUGACGGCAAAGAGAAUACAUUCCGUUGGAGUUUCAUCUGUCCCGAAGAGACGGUGUUUAGUCAAGACUCAUUUACUUGCAUGCGCCGUGAGGAUAUGGCCAUUACAUGCGAAGAAUCUGUGAACUACUACGAACUAAAUCGCAACUUUGGUAUGAGCGAAGAUCAGAAUGCCAACUCCAACAACGUACGACCAAGCGCAGAGCAAGCGGAGGCAGCAACGCCAGCAGAAUCAGUCGAGCCUGCACAGCAAAAUGUCCAACAAGCCGCUGCGCCUCAAGAGCCAACACAAGCAGCUGCCGCUCCUGCUCCUCCACAACCGAAACCAGUGAAAGAAAAGCCUAUCAAAGUGCAGAAACCCAACCGCAGAAAGCCUCAAACAAAACCACAGCAAGACCAUGCUAUUCACCCCACCAACAAGCUGCCAGUUAUCAUGCCGCUGCGUAAGAUGCCCAAUGUGGGAGCAAAGGUGCCAGUUUCAGUGCCCGCGGAAGUCGUCGCCAUACACGAAGUUGCAGAUGAAUUAAAACCUGUGCCACCACGCUACAAGAAGCGUCCUGCUGUGUCCUAUAACAGCGAUAAAGAAGUCGUUGAGACGCCCGCACAGCCUUUCAAGAUUGAGGUCAUACACACCGCCAGCAAUCCCGAAUCGUUCAAGCGUAAACGUCCCACAUUUGCACACAAACAGAAUGCGGUUGUUACAAAAGUGGCUGAGCAAGCACCCGUAGUCACGAUCGUGCCUGAAGCUGAGGCAGUAGAAACGAUUGUGCCUUUGGUUAAAUUCGAAUCUAACUCGGCCGCUGUGCCAGCGCCUGAAAAAGUAGAAACCAUUACGAUUAGUGAGCCAGUAGCGCAGGCCGCCGAAGACACACCAGUCGUUGUUGUGAAACCAGCUCAAGUUGCAUUAGAUGCAGAACCGCAAGCUUCUGAAACGGAGGAGGUUAUUGUGGCGCCCGAAAAUGCAUUAAAGACAAUCGUUGCGCAACAAACUGUGCCCCUGAAAGAAGAACAGCAAACACAAGUGGCUGCUGUAGCGCCUACUGAGAUAGCCGAGUCAGUUCCAGCAGAAGAGUCAGUUAAUAUAGUACCAAUCGUGGAAGAAACCAUUAAGACUGAAGAGCCUGUUGCACCAGUAGCAGAAGAGGAAACAAAAGUCGAGGAGCCUGCGGUGGCCGAAGUUGCCCAAUUUGUGGAGACAGAAAAACAAGAAACAGCUGCUGCGCCUGUUGAAGCGAUUGAAGAGAUUCCAGCUGUAGUUUCUGAAGCAGUCGAGAGUGCACCAGAGGUGGAAAAAAUAGAAGAAGUCGCCAACCCACCAGUCGAAGCUGAGCCGCCAGCACUACCUGUACAGCCUGCGGAACCAGCCGACCAGCUAACGGGUGCAUCCGAACCCAUCGCUUUGGACGCUGCGCCUGAAUUGGUUGCUCCCAAUGAAGAUAACGAAGAAUACGUGCCCGCAUUACCCUCCCUUGAGGAGUUAGAGGAACAGAAGCCCGCUAACGCCGUUGAAACAGUGGCGGCCACACCCGAAAUGGAACAGCAAGACCCAAUAGUGGAGCAAGCUUUCGACAGUAAAGAUACCCAUUUGCAGACUGUUGGCGGUUUCAAACCUGUGGAUCCUGAAUUAGCCGCAGAGGCUGAAGCUCUUAUUUCGGACUUCAUUAACACACUGAAGAGUGGUAAUCCCAAUGCGAUACCUGAUUUGGCAGCACCGACGGAGGAAGACUCACCUGCCGAAGGCGAAGAUGCAAAAGUAGAGAUAGGAGAACAGCAACAGACUGAAGAGAAAAUCGAAAAAACGGAAACCAAACCCGAAGAAGCGCUAUCCGCACAAGAAGCAGAUACAAGCUCAUUGAAAACCGUGAGUGCCGAGCAGCCAGUGGCAGCAGCAAUUGAAAAUGUGCCACUAGUGGCAGAGAGUGCGCCAGUUAUAGAAACGGAAGAACAAAAAGACUCGCCUUUGCUUAAUUUCCCCAUCUCCAAUAGUUUCCCAGCCGACAUGUAUCAAAUUCCAGUAACAGUUAUUCAGACGCCAUACGAAGAGAUACAAGAUAUUCAAUCGGAUGUGCAAGAACCACAACAAAGUAGCGUAGAGGAGGUAAAAGCUGACGGUGCUCAGUUCGAAGCGCAAGCUCAAGCAGAAGAAGAAAAGCAGGAGGGUGUAAAAUUGCUGCCAGAAGAGACUGCGAUCACACAAGCUGAAACCGCAAUCACAGAAGAGCAAAAGGUUGAGGAUAUCCCCGCUGUUGAAGCUCAGCCCGAAGCUGUUCAGCUCGCAGUGCAGGAAGCUCAACCUGAAGAAGCUGUAGAGCCUCAACCUGACACCGUACAACCCACUCUGCCCGAACUGGUAGAAAGCGAACCUGAAGCUGAACUACCCGCAGCGCCUGUGGCCUUCAGACCCAUCAGCAUCGACGAUAUUGUCGAACUCGUGAAAGAGCGUUUAGAUCAGGUGCCUGCCGAUGAGAAGGGCGCACCCAUGGAACUGCUGAUGGAACCUGACAAUGCUGACAAGCCUGUCGAGCUGAAAUUAAGUUCGGAAAAUGGGUCAGCGGCGCAAGAAGAAUCAGCUGAACAAACACCUGCCGAGGAUAUCAUUUUUCCCAUUUAUCAUCGAGUGUCCGAGCCUGAGAGCAGCGAUAUCAAAGCGCAAGAGGCUAUAGCUGUAGACGAGCCAAUCGCUGUAGUAACAGACCUCAAAGCGUUACCGCUGGAGACGGAUGCCGUACAGAAUGCGCCAGAAGCGGUGGUGCAAACAGCGGAUCAGGCUGUACAAACGGACGCUGAGAAACUUGAAGCGAACGUAGCCAAGACAGCCGAGAACACAGAGACUGAGACAAAUAUCGCGCCAGCAGAUGAUGUAAAGGAACCUGUAAAUGCAGUAGCUGUUGAGGUUGCAGCGGCCGAUGCGCCAGUGGACAUUGAAACAGCAGAAGUUACCAAAGCAAAUCGCUCGUUGAGAUCACGCAGCUUGACGAAAGCUAAACUAGAUCCACGCAAACGUCGUUUUCUCUUCAGAUCGGAUGCCAGUUAGAGAUUUCAAGCAAUUCGAGUAUGCCCAUUGAGCACACCCUGUACGCCAUACGGGGUGCGCAUGCGCGUUCGCACGCAACCCGCCCAUGAAAUUCCUACAGCCUAGGUUUCUAAUUUUUCACUACAAAUAUUACUUUGCUUUUGCAUUCGCAAGCGGACUACAAAGUUUGGGUCGGUCGGCGGCUUAAGAAUAAGUUUUGUAUUUGAAUUCUUAUUCUUCAGCAUGCAAAUGAAAAAUAUUCUCUUCUCCAACUUUUUUCUCCUAUUUAAGUUAAACUAAUUUAUGAUUUUAGGUCUACUUUUUCAUUUGAAAAAUUAUAAAAAUGAAAAAGAAAAUGCAAAAUUUUUGAAAAGUGCGUGAAAUUCACACAGUUUCGUUUGCCGAAGCCAUAUAAGAAAAAAAAAACUAAUUUAUUUUGUUGUUAUACGAAGUAGAAAACGAGGAGUGUGAUUUUUAUAUUUACUACUAAAUACAUAGUUUAUAUUGAAAAUUGUUUAAAAUGCUCCACAA